UCAACCUAAUUUUCGUAAAGACAUAGUUUUUAAAAAUUAAACAUGUCCAAGUGUAAAAGUAAAGUAUGUAAUCCACUACAUUUGCGUGGCAUCGAACCUAUCCCAGCUCGACCAGAAUUAAAACUAAAGUGCCAAGAACUAAUUAUUACAGAAGACAAAAUGAAAACAUACAUGAAAAUCUUCCUUGAACAUAUAGAACGAGGUUUGAAAAAAUCAACACAUUCCAGUUCUACCGUAAAGUGCUUCCCGACAUAUGUUCAAGAUUUUCCUGAUGGAUCCGAAUCAGGAAAAUAUUUGUCUCUAGUUUUAGAUGGUAAUAACUUAAGAAUUUUGUUGUUGAAUAUUGACAAUCGACAGUAUACAAUGGACCAGAAAAUAUAUAGUGUCUCUCAUGACCUUAUGACAGGACCAGGUGAACAACUAUUCCAUUUUAUUGCCGAGUGUCUAGCAGAAUAUACCAAAGAGAAAGGGAUUAAUACUGAUAACCUUCCUUUAGGAUUUAUCUUUAAUUUUCCACUUGAACAAAAAAGUCUCACGAUAGGUAUCCUCAAAUCUUGGACAAAUGGAUAUAGUUGUGAAGGUGUCAUUGGUAAAGAUGUAGUCCAAUUAUUAAAUGAUGCUGUUAAUAAAAGAGAAGAUUUGAAAAUCAAUAUAGUUGCUGUUGCAAAUAAUACCACAGCAAACUUUAUGGUAUGUGUCUUUAAAGAUUUUGAAACAAAAAUAGAAAUGAUGAUUGGUGCAGACAUUAACUGUUGUUACGUUGAAAAACAAGUAAAUGCAGAUCUUUUUGAUGAGCCAGAUAGAGGCUCGGAGAAUGUGAUUGUUUACCUGGAAUAUGGAUCUUUUGGUGACGAUGGUACAUUAGAAUUCUGCAGAUCUCAAUUUGACAAAGAUCUUGAUGCUGGAUCUACAAAUUUUGGCAGCCAACUACACAAAAAGAUGAUAUCAGGUAUAUACCUAGGAGAACUGGUAAGACUGGCUGCUGUAAAAUUUACCAAAGAAGGAAUUUUAUUUGGGGGCCAACUUUCCGAUGGUUUCAAAGUACAUGACAAAUUUGAAACUAGAUUUAUUUGUGAAAUUGAUGCAGAUUCAUCUGGUGUGUUCACUAAUGUAAAGAGGAUUCUUAAUAAUUUGGGAGUAACAAAUGCCACUGAACAAGAUUAUAAUGAUAUUAAGUACUUAAGUCAGUGUUUCUCUAGAAGAGCUGCUAUACUAAAUUCGUGUAUGAUUACGGUUCUUGUACGUAAAAUGGGUUAUCCCAGUGUUACAGUUGGAGUAGAUGGAAUGCUUUACAAAACUCACCCCCACAUUCAUAGUAUUUUGAUGACAUACGUGGAAGGCCUUUUGAAACCGGAUCCAUACAAAUUUAAAAUUAUGCUGUCUGAGGAAGGUAGCAAUGGAAUUGGUGGAGCUUUAAUUGCUGCUGUUGUAGAUAAGAACAGGCGUAAAAUUACAGUCUCAGACAUUCCCGAAGACACUCAGGAAACAGAAGUGAUAUUUGAGCAUAUACUCGAAGAACCACCUGUCCACCAAUCUUUCGUGUUACCUAUUUCUGAAACAAACGUGAAGCCUUUAAUAUCUGCAUCUAGACCUGCUUCAGAGAUCCCAUCUCUUCCUGCGAUCCAAGUACCCCAUUCGUCAUCAAUUUCUGCCCUUGAUGCGGAUGCAUCUUUUACGGACAUACUUGAUAAUAAUAUAGCAGGUCCAUCUAAAGAAUUGUUUGUAGAAAACACAGAAGAGACUGAAAGGUCAUCUAAGGUACAAUUUGUAGAUGUACCUGAGGUCGCUAUUGUAGAACGCGCCCCACCAGUCACUGAAGAUAACACAGACGAGGAGGAAGAUAAUGCUGACAGUACAGCACAAAGACGACGACGGAAGAAAAAGAAAAAAGUUGUAAAUCCCUCUGUAGAGGAUGUGUGGAAACUAUACUACUAAUUUUCGCAUUAAAAAUGUUACUGAUGUGAAGUGUACUUAUAUAUUAGGACUAAACAAUCAGUCUUGAAAUUUGAACCAUUUUGCAAGAUUAAGCAUUUCGAAAUAUUAAAAGAAAUAGGAAUAUAAUAAAAAAUAGAAAUAAAGAAGCUAUGUACUAGAAGGAUCUACAAGUAAUAUACAAAUCCUUCAACUAAAAAAUAUCCACACAAAUUUAACAAUUUUAUGGGAUUUAACAAAAACUUAUUGUACACAUGGUCGAAAAUCCGUGGAGUCAUGGAUUGGGAAAAACACUAAAGUGAUUGAGAAGACAAUAUUCACGGUUUGAGAAAAUCAUCAGUAAAUAUUUAUUAAUCCACUGCUUAAUUGUUCUGUCUUAAAAAUUCAGAUCCUAGCUAUUAGAGAUGAAUGAAAGAGAACAACAGAUGUAGUCUCUAAUAGGAAAGAAGCAGAUGUAGUAAAACAGGUGUAGUCGCUAAUAGGAAAGAAGAAGAAAGAAGGAUACUAUAAUGAGUGUUAUAGUUGACGGUGUUACUUUUGAAACUCUUACUUUUGAAAAUCCAUUUUUGGGAUAUAUUUAAACAACAGAUAAAUGUAACCUAAAAAGGUCUAUCAUAGUGCAAAAUAAAGCAAU